AUGUCCGCGAUCGCACGCUUCAGAGCGAUCGCACGCCUCCGAUUCCAUCACCACCGUCCAUUCGGAUCCGCCGCCGCUCUACAAUACAACUACGACGAUGACGAAGAGGAAUUCGAACAAAACUCGCCACGUGGCAUGCUUGACACGGAAGGUUCUGCGCCGGAGCGCGGAGUUCAGUGGGUUAUGAUUGGUGAACCUGGAGCUAAGAGACACCUGUUCGCGGUAAGACUGUCGAAGCUUCUAGAAGUUCCUUACAUUUCCAUGGCCUCGCUUCUUCAUCAAGAACUCAACCCUCGUUCUUCUCUCUAUCAGCAGAUAGCGAAUGCCUUGGAUCAUGGAAAACUUGUACCUGAGAAAAUCAUUUUUGCUCUUUUAUCAAAGAGAUUGGAAGAUGGAUACUAUAGAGGUGAAACUGGGUUCAUUCUUGAUGGAAUUCCUAGAACAAAAAUUCAAGCUGAUAUUCUCAAUCAAAUUGCUCAUGUUGAUCUAGUGGUAAAUUUCAAAUGUCCACAAGAGGAUAUAGUGGAAAAAAAACUAGGACUUCAUAAAUUUACAGCGGGCCAAGAACAUAUUUUUACAACCAGUUCCUGGACCGCAACCAAGCAAUUGCAGGACCAAUAUAUCCACAAGCGGGCAGAAGAGUCCAAGCUGUUGGAAGACUACUACAGGAGGCAGAAGAAACUUCUGAAUUUCGAAGUCGCAGGUGGAGCGGGAGAAACCUGGAAGGGACUUCUGGCUGCACUACAUCUCCAGCAUAUUAGUUCGUCUCAGAAAUUGACUGCGUGA